GUAGUUGUGCCGGAAGGCGUCGCGCCGGGCCAGAGCUUCUCCGUGCAGCUCCCUGCCACGGUGAGCGCCGUCUCUUCGCCGCCGCCGCCGCCACCGCCACCGCCGCUGCCGCCACCGCCGCUGUCGCCGCCGCCAGCACUGGCCGAGCCUAGCCUGCUCGGUAACUUCGUCACACCCGAGACCAACCCGUACGUGACGAGCAAGGCGCGGCGUGUGCGCGCAAAGUUUGGGGACGACGCGGCGGGUUUUGUUGACCUGAGUGACUCGGGCGAGCGGGCCAAGCUGUCCCGCCUCGAGAGCGACCUCGCGCAAUUCAAAGCUGAGCGUGGGCUGGCCGACAGGAGGCUGGCUGGCGGCGCCGCGGCUGAGCUGCAGGAGGAGGAGGAGGCGACGCCGCUCGCGCGCGUCAUCAACACCCUCGGCACUGUGCUCACCUUCAACUUUUUCGUCAUCAUCCUGUUCUUUGCCUGGUUCCUCACCGGCGUCGGCCUCCAGUUUGGCGCGCACGACGAGGCGGUGAUGAACACGUUUCGCACCGCGUGGGACCCGCUCAUCCUGCCUCUCCUCUCGACGCACAUGGCCCUCACCUUCCUCUCGGCGGGGCUCGAGAGGCUAGCCAAGCCGGCGGAGGAAGG